CUUAUUUACUUCAUCACUGCCGCGAAUCUCACGGCGACAUUGAUCAUGGCCACGGUAGUGUUGGAUGCUGCGAACGUGGCGACCGUCUCGUCAGGAAUCCUGCGUGUCCAGCGCCUGGAAGCGGCGCUCGAAUACUUCCAACGACUCAACGUUCGAUGCAUCGCAUUUGCGCCGCGGUACUGGGUAGAUGGCCUCCAAGUGUUCGAAGACGAUGCUACCAAGUCAACGUUGCGGGCCCUCGUCGACACCGACAAGCUCGUGCUUACGCCACCUCAAGCACACGACGACUAUUACGUAAUCGACUACGCCACCAAACAUGACGGAUACGUCGUCUCCAACGACAUGUUUCGCGACCAUGUGAUGCAUAAGCGCCGCUUCAAUGGGCACACGCUGACAAUCGCAUGGGUAAAGACUAGAUGCAUCGACUUUACAUUUGUCGGGCUGGAAUUCCUUCCGAACUCCCAGGUCAUGGACAAAGUACUGCAUCACGUGCCUCGACCACCUCCUCCUCUUCCCACGUCCCUCGCAUCAGCCGCCGCCCCCGAUCACCACCAAUCUUCAACGUCGUUUACCUCUGGCAUCCAGUCACCCGUGGCCAUCGCGCCAGUCGCCAUGAGCUACGACGACGACGAUGUCGACAUGGGAGGUAGUCAUCAUCACGACAGCCCGCCAGCUUCCAACUCGAGGCGCGUCGUGGACAUGUCCGAGGCAGUGUACAUCGACGUCCCCAUGUGGAUAGUUGCUCAUCUUUACGAGAACGAUGGCGCUGGACUCAAGUACUUCCAAGAGCUCACGGGGACAUACAUGCAACUACCUCGCGUCGUUCCGCUCGGUAAACCCACCACCACGCUCAGUAUCCACGGAAGCCGAGACAAGUGCGAACGGGCCAUGCAUGAAGUUCAUUCGUAUCUCCAGCACCAGCAGCACAUGCAAUCACACCAUCCCCCCCCCCAACCCCAGUACCCCCCACAGCACCAACAGCACCAACAACAACAGCAGCAGCAGUACUACUACUAG